GCUGUGACGCUCUAGUCGACGCCCAUAUAUUCAUCAGUUGUUCAGCGUUGUUUCACACACUACCAAGCCAGUAGUUUUUAAACUGUUACUGUUAGGUAAUAUAUAAUUUUACUGUGUCUUGACGUUAACUAUUACCAAAAAAUGGGUGAAUUUCAAAAUGGUCUCUUCGGUUGUUUUGGAAACAUCGGCAUGUGUAUAUUCACAUACGUUGUGCCAUGCUACACUCAGGGAAAACUAGCCGAAUCCGUUGGGGAUGACUGUCUUCUCUGUGGUCUUGCUCUUCUCGUUCCAUUAGUGAACAUCUACGCCCGUGUAACUACUCGACAGAAAGUGAGGGAAAAUAAAGGCAUCGAAGGAGGUAUAGUUGGCGAUCUGUUUGCUGUAUGUUGCUGUGCUAUUUGUGCACUAGUCCAAGAAGCCCAGGAGAUGCAGGUCCAGACACCACUCGGAGCAGGGGAAUCAAUUGCACGUACAUAGGUGUGUGUGUUUUUUUGUUUGCUUUUCAAUAUUUACCCGUCAGCGUUGCAAAAAAUGCCGAAUAUUGGAUUACGAGUUGGGAGAUUUGGCAAGUGUUCAAAUGAUGAAGUUCACAUCAACAAUUAAUUUUUAUGCCACGUAUAUAGAGCAUUCUACUAUAAUAAAAAUAUUCGCCUAAACGUACAUUGUUGCA